AUUUCGCUUUUAAGACAAUGAGUCCUAAACCACGGCACAAUCCAAGGAAUUUUGUGAUAAUCAUUCCAAGAAAGUACUAAAUUGUCUAAAUGUUUUUCUUGAUUUCAACAGUUUUAGGUUUUUUUUUUUUUUUUUUUUUUUUUUUUUUCGACAGCGAGCCACCCCACCAAUACAAGUGUAGAAAUAGCCAAUGCUAACAAUCGGUCAAAACAUCCAAGUUAUAAAUCCAACACCCACAUCCAACAACCAAUUGCCAACACAAAAAACCAAAGUCUAACAAAACUACAUAUGUUCUCAAUAAUACAUUUAAUUUCAAACAAAAAGAGUACACAACCUAAGAGUACAUUUAUUAUCUUUACUUUAUAACUUUAUAAGCAAUGAACAUUAAUAUUUCGAGGUACAUUAGAAAUUAAUUAGCAUGAGUACACACGAGACUAUAUGAAUCCGUGGUGCUUUCAAAAAAAAUAAAAAAAUGAAUCCGUGGUCAACCCGUUUCUAUACUUAGGAGCACAAUUUUAGUGGGACAACCAAUAAAAAAUAAUAAAAAUAAAGAAAUAAAUAAAGAAAUAAAUAAAAAACCGAAACAAAGUGGAGGUAUCUCUAUUUUUAUCUGUCCCAUCAAACCAGCUACUACUCCCACUCUCUCUCUCUACUCAACCCCAAAUUUUGCAUUCUUCUCUGUUUGUUUACUGAAUUCUCUCCACUCCACUUUCUCGCUACAUUUAACUUCCUAUGAAUCUCCGUCCUCUUUGUUACCACAUUUUGAUCCUCCAUUAAACAUGCAAAAUUACAAAAACUCAAACAAAAAGUGUAAGUUAUAAAGUUUUAGUAAACAAUGAGUUCAUUUCUAAACAAUGAACUUUCCAAAAAAACAUCAAUUUUCGGAUUAAGAUUAUGGGUUGUGUUAGGCAUUUGUGUUGGAGCUGGAAUUGUCCUCUUUCUCUUCUUUGUAUCUCUUUGGUUCAUCUCAAGGCGCAACAAUAAUAAAGUAAAAAACGCCCAAAUUAAUAAUGUAAUCAGCAGUAGAAGCAACAGCAACAGUAAAAAUAUCAAUUACAUGUUGGGUUUAACACAAACUCAAAAACCCACAAUUCCAAGUAUUUCCAAAGAGAUAACCGAAAUUCGUGUCGAAAACCCGGCACGAGCCGCAUUGCCAGACCCUGCGCCGGAGUAUGGUGGGUCGAACUCGAACCAAAGGUUGGUGGUGCGUUCACAGAUUGAGGAGGAUCCAAUUGGGCAUCAAAGAAUUCACAUUGAAAUUGGGAAGGAUCACAGGAUAUCGUACCCGGACCGAGGUGGCGGGUCAUCGGUGUAUGGGAGUGGGGAGCAAAACGGGUUAUCGGGUCCGGAGGUUUCGCACUUGGGUUGGGGUCAUUGGUAUACAUUGAGAGAGUUGGAGGAGUCUACUAAUGGUUUUGCUGAUGAGAAUGUGAUUGGUGAAGGUGGUUAUGGUAUUGUUUAUCAUGGUAUUUUGGAUGAUAAUACUCAUGUGGCUGUCAAAAAUUUGCUAAAUAACAGAGGUCAAGCAGAGAGGGAAUUCAAAGUUGAGGUGGAGGCAAUUGGACGUGUUCGUCACAAGAAUUUAGUCAGAUUGCUGGGUUAUUGUGCUGAAGGAGCUCAUAGGAUUCUCGUAUACGAGUAUGUAGACAAUGGAAACUUGGAGCAAUGGCUUCAUGGAGAUGUGGGACCUUUCAGUCCUCUUACAUGGGAAGCUCGCAUGAAUGUUCUUAUUGGGACAGCAAAAGGAUUGACUUACUUACAUGAGGGCCUUGAGCCUAAAGUUGUUCACCGUGACAUUAAGUCAAGUAACAUAUUGCUUGAUAAACAAUGGAACCCGAAAGUGUCUGAUUUUGGCCUAGCAAAGCUCCUGGGAUCGGAACGGAAUUAUGUGACAACACGUGUGAUGGGGACUUUCGGCUAUGUUGCUCCAGAAUAUGCCAGUACGGGUAUGUUGAAUGAAAGAAGUGAUGUGUAUAGCUUUGGCAUUCUUCUAAUGGAGAUAAUUUCUGGGAGAAACCCUGUGGAUUACAGCCGACCGCCGGGAGAGGUGAACCUAGUUGAUUGGCUCAAGCAGAUGGUUUCAAACCGAAAUGCAGAGGGUGUGUUGGAUCCAAAAUUACCUGAGAAGCCUUCUUCAAGAGCAUUGAAGCGUGUCCUGCUGGUAUCUUUACGUUGUGUAGAUCCAAACGCUCAAAAGCGUCCAAAGAUGGGUCAUAUAGUGCACAUGCUGGAAGCUGAAGAGCUUCCUUUCCGUGAAGACCGUAGAACUUCAAGAGAGCAUGGAAUAUCCAGUAACAGUACUGCAAGAGGUAGGAUGAUGGAUAACCGAGUAAUUGAAUCAGGAGACAGUAGCGGAUAUGAAAGUGGUGUGUCAAUUCCUAGAUUGCCAUGGAGAAAGGAAGAAACCGUAGAAGAGCAUUGAAUUUGUGUGGUUUGUAUAGCGAGUGAUUAGAUGUUUGGUUUCCAGUUAUGCAGCAGCUCCACACUAAUUUUCACCUCAUGUACAUGUGUUGGAGAAUUUAGAGUAUUUAGUUGAUUAUUAUUCAUGUUAUGUUAAGUUUAAGUCAUUUGGUUAAGGUGUCUAGUAGUAUACAACUAAUCAAGAGAAAGGAAGAAAGUGGCUGAUUCAUCACUAUUGUUGCAACCGUUACUACUUACGGUUUCGGUUUAAUUUCUCUUGAUUUAGUUGGGUAGUUACAUACUUAAUGCAUUAUAACUUUAGUGUAUUAAUGCAUUGUUUAAUGCAUCUCUUAACAUUUGAUGAUUUGAUGCAUUAUUUAGUAAAUGCGUUGUUUUCAGUUUCGAUACUUAAUACAUUGUUUACAUACUA